AUUAUUGGCUUGUUCGUUAUUUUAUUAAAUAGGUGGUCCUUCUUGAGUGUUAUUUAUAUAUAAAGGGCGAGGUACAAGUCUUAUACAUAACAUUUCUCUCCCUGAUAGGUUCGUUUUCUCCUGGCAGGGAUGCGCCCUAAACCCGAGUUCAUUCAAGAAUGGAAAGACAGUCCAGUCUUCCAUUGCAGGAUCCUACCCUUAGGCCUAAGAAGUCAUGCUAAGUUCAGAAAUGACCCGUUCUUCCUGCAGCCCCAUCCGCCGCCGCAGCUGCUUCUCCGUCCUCUCCCUCCCCGCGUCUUGCAAAGAGUUAAAGCCGACGUCAGUGGGUGUGGGGCCGAGCCCCCGACCUUCCCCCCCGGUCUCUGCGAUCGCAACGUCUCCCAUUUGCCAGCCGGCCGGGUUUUUCCAGCAGCAUCGCGCGGAGGGGGCAGGGCAUCAGCUUUCGCCGCCGCCUGCUGCUCCAGUCCUUGCCUGGCUCUGCACGCUGCAAAAAGCUCGAAGAUGGCGGCCCAGAGUCUCCUCUCCCGCCUCAGCCGGUGCCUCCCCGUCGCUUCCAGCUGCGGCUCCCGCAACGGGACCGUGCAAUUCUUGUUCAGAGCCCAGGCGAAGACUUGUGGCUGCUAUUUUUCCACUAGUAGCUGUUACAACACCAAAUUUUAUACUGAUCCCGUGGAGGCGGUAAAAGACAUACCCAAUGGGUCAACUCUCCUCGUGGGUGGUUUUGGGCUCUGUGGAAUUCCUGAGAACCUCAUAGGAGCUUUAUUGAAGACCGGUGUAAAAGGGAUAACUGCUGUCAGUAACAAUGCUGGGGUAGACAAUUUUGGGCUCGGGCUUUUACUUCAAACCAAGCAAAUCAAACGCAUGGUAUCAUCCUAUGUUGGAGAGAACGCAGAAUUUGAGCGGCAGUAUUUAUCUGGGGAACUGGAAGUUGAGCUCACACCACAGGGAACACUUGCUGAGCGGAUCCGAGCAGGGGGAGCAGGGAUUCCAGCUUUUUACACCAGCACGGGCUAUGGAACCUUGGUACAAGAAGGAGGUGCCCCCAUUAAAUACAACAAGGAUGGUACCGUCUGCAUUGCCAGUGAACCAAGAGAGGUAAGAGAGUUUGAUGGCCGUCACUUCAUUAUGGAAAAGUCAAUCACAGGAGAUUUUGCGUUAGUCAAGGCAUGGAAGUCUGAUCGUGCUGGAAACAUCAUUUUCAGGAAAACUGCAAGAAAUUUUAACCAGCCUAUGUGCAAGGCUGCCAGAACAACUAUAGUAGAGGUGGAAGAAAUUGUUGAUGUAGGAGCAUUUGCCCCAGAAGAUAUUCACGUCCCCAAGAUCUACGUUCACCGCCUCAUCCAAGGGGGAAAGUAUGAAAAAAGAAUUGAGCGGCUGUCCCUUCGAAAAGCCGACGAAUCCCAAAGCAAGCAAAAGAAAGCCGGAGACAAUGUCAGAGAGAGGAUCAUCAGGCGAGCAGCUCUGGAAUUUGAUGAUGGCAUGUAUGCUAACCUGGGCAUUGGAAUCCCACUGCUUGCCAGCAACUUCAUCAGUCCUGACAUAACAGUUCACCUGCAAAGUGAAAAUGGAGUACUUGGCUUGGGGCCUUAUCCACUACAAAAUGAAGUUGAUCCCGAUCUUAUCAAUGCAGGAAAAGAGACAGUCACUGUACUUCCAGGAGCUUCCUACUUCUCUAGCGAUGAAUCUUUUGCCAUGAUCAGAGGAGGGCAUGUCAAUCUGACUAUGCUCGGAGCCAUGCAAGUGUCCAAAUACGGCGAUCUGGCCAACUGGAUGAUUCCUGGCAAGAUGGUGAAAGGAAUGGGUGGUGCCAUGGACUUGGUGUCCAGUGCAAGAACCAAAGUGGUGGUCACUAUGGAGCACUCAGCAAAGGGUAAUGCUCACAAAAUUCUUGAAAACUGCACUUUGCCAAUUACUGGGAAGCAGUGUGUGGAUCGCAUCAUAACAGAAAAGGCUGUUUUUGACGUGGAUAAGAAAAACGGGCUGACUCUGAUUGAAAUCUGGGAAGGUCUGUCUGUGGAUGAUAUCAAGAAAAGCACCGGUUGUGAAUUUGCUGUAUCACCAAAUCUCCAACCAAUGAAGCAGAUUUCAACUUGAGGGAAUAGAUGACGGGGUUUAACUUCCAUGCUUCCAGCAAAGGGGAAUCAAAUGUCUGUUUUUGCAAUUAUGCAUUUUAAAAAAAGAGGUCUUUGUAAGUAGUUUCUGGUAGUUAGCAUCAGGCUGACCGUGUCACUAUAACUAUGUAAAUGCUCGUUUGCACAUGACAUUACAGUACAGUUUCCAGAAAAUAAUACCCAUUUGGUACCUAGCUAAUUUAUAAUCAUCAUCACUCUGUCAAUAAGCAUUAGGAAGAGAUAAUGCCUUGUAAGUGUAACCUUAACACCGUAACCUCGUGCAAAGGCAGAGGUCACUUUUCCACGCACAAAUCAUUCAAAACUGCAAGUGCCUGUGCAUUGGCUGCAAUUGCGCACACAAAAAGGGGGGAAGAAUCACAUGGCAAUUUGGUGGCGAUCUAAAAUAUGCAUGUAAUGAGGUAUUUGUCAAAACGGCACCCUUAUUUACAGAAGGUCACAUAGAUUAAAAAUCUAUACACAUACAAAAUUAUUAAAAAUUCAUGCAAAAUAGUUUGUAUUCUACGAUCACAAGAUGCAAGAGCAGCACUUGAUGGUUUCAAAAACAAAAUAAGGCAAAUUUCUAGUCCUUUUGGCUGAAAAGGUAUGCUUUGUCUGGGAAUACCAGGUGAGAAACCAGGAAAAGGAAUUUUGAUUUUUGGGAGAAGGGGCCUUCAUUGCACUGCAUAGCUUCUUGAAUCCCUCCCUCCUCCGGAAAUGGCUAACAAAAGCAGAACAAAAUCUAAAAAGUAGUGAUGCAAAUAUAGAUCAGAGAAUCCAGUUUUCCUUAGGCAGAAUUUGGGUUAUCAUGGUGUAGGGUUUUUAUUUGUGCAGAAUAUACACAGCUGUGGCUGUAUACAGAACAAGUAGUGAAUGUAAUUAGAUUUUGGUUCUAUUGGAAUGGACACUGCUGUAAUGGUCUUGUGAUUUACUUUUUACUGACCUUUUUAAUACAUACAUGCAGAAUUGUGUAGUUCAUUUAAAGUCUGGAUUCUGCCUUUCCCAUUUUAAGCAGUGGAUCAUUUAUACAAAUGUCUAGAGAAGUCAGUAAAGUGGAGUUUUGCUUUUCCAUUUGCUGUGUCAUGUACAGGCCGUGAAGCUUUAAUAUGUACUAUCUAGAACUGGACCCCUUCUUAUCUCCUUGAAAGUCAGUACAGACCUUUUUCUAGGCUUCAGAAAUCCCUUCCAGAUGAUUCCAAGAAGUUUUACGCUAGCCUUCCCCCACUCCAGAGUUUCCUUAAAUGAACAGUUGAAGUCAAAAUGUGCAGCACUUAAGAAAGGUUUAGAACAAAUGGAGUGUGUGCAGGAUAACUUAGAUGCGUUGGGAUGAGCCUGCUUGCGAGGAUGGUAUGAUAUAAAUUGAUGAAUAAAUAUAUACAAUUUUGAGAAUCAAUUAAAUUGGUGGAUUUGGCUAUAGGAGAUCCUUAAAUUCCUUGAUGAGACACAAAUCUUAUUGAGCAAUAAGGAAUCAUAGAGUGUCUAUGACCCUGUGAGGUAGAUUAGGCUAAGUAAUUUAAGCAUCUUGGGACAAAUGUCUGCGGGAUUCCCUGAGUUGCUCUCUCUGUGAGGUCCAUACUUUUGUUGCAUGCGGUCAUCAGGUUUGUUCAGGGGGGGCUGUAGCUACCCACCCCUGGUCCCAUCUUCUGCCAAAAAUAUGUCUCUGUGGUAGUGAUAGGGAAGCAAGAAAAUGCAAGGGAGGAACCCUUUGUCCAUUAACUUCUGCUCUUCACUUGUAUGAUCCAAUAUGUUCAGGCAUACUGAUUUCUGCAGCUCUUAAUGUGAGGUUGAACUUUAAUACUUUGAUAGAGUCUGUUCUGUUCCCCCAUCUCUGGCUACUGUUACCUGAGCUGGUUAGAAUCAGGGCGGUAGCUGGGUUUCUAGUGUAUUACUGGGUUUCCAGUGUAUUAGUUAUGGGAAGAUGCCUAAUUACUAUACCGUUGCUCAGGAACUUUGUCCCUAAAGAGGAGUGGGGGCAUUAUUUCACUAAUGUUGAAUUGGGGGCAAGCAUGUUGUGGUAGGGAAGAUCCAGAUAUAGCAUCAUUUGUAUGAUUCUCAACACUACGAGUGAACCCGCUGACUUCUCUGUGGCACUUAUGGAAACAUCCGCCCUCCUUUCCCCCACAACAGCAUUAACACAGUCCAGUUUCUUCCCACAGUGUUCAAAUCCAACAGGAGCAGUCCUUAAAGGGCUUUGGGAAGUUAAGAAAUACUGGUCCUCUUCUCUCUUUCAUGGUCUGUGAAGAACUGAAUGCCUGCAACAAGGUCUAGUGGGUUAUUGAUGACGUUGUUACCUUGGGUGGCCAGGCAUUUCGCAGCAGGAGGAGGCAGAAAGCACUUAGUAACUGUCAGGCUACGCAUAAUAUAAAGCUAAAUAAUGACAACAGUAAAAUUGAACCAAUCCUCUUGGAUUUCAAAAGCCUAUGUAUUUUCCCCUCCACUCCACACAUUAUUUUCCUUCAUAUUUUGUGUACCAUUAUACUUGGUUCUGUCCUUUUGUAAGAAAAAAGUGAACCUUCAGCUUAUCUUAACAAAUGUACUGUCAACUGUGCAUCAGCGUCUUUUUAUAUGUACUUGCGAACAGUCAAUAAAACAAAUUGCACAAAA